GAGAGGCCUUUUUGCUCUCACGCAAAGCCGCGCUUAUUUUCUCUCGGUUACCUAAUUUUUGCCCCCUUCUCCUCCGAUUCGCGUUUGGAUCCCAGCGCCAAAGCUUGGCGGAUGCUGUAGAAAUGGCGGAGGCGCUCGCGUCCGCGGGUGGGCUCGCCAUGGCGGCCUCGACCUCUUUCACGCCCGGCCAGCUUUCUGCUUUUCUGGGAUUUCUUUGGGUUCUUGCGGCCUGGGUGUAUGCGGAGGUUCUCUUUCAUAGGAAGAAUGCUGCUUCACUUAAAACUAGACACUCGGACAUCAAUUUAUCAGAUAUGGAUAGUAGCUCAAACAAAGGAGAGGAUCAAACAAUGUUACUGGAGGAGGGUGGUCAAGUAGCUGGUGCAAAGCCAGUUUAUGCUUCUUUCACAUCACAGAUGCUCAGACUUUUCUGUAUGGACCAGACACUUCUUCUGGAGCAUCGAUUGACACUGAGGGCAAUAUCUGAGCUUGGAGGCCAUCUACUUUACUUUUACAUAUGUGACCGCACAAAUAUAUUCGGGGAAUCUGGAAAGAAUUACAGCCGAGAUCUCUUCCUUUUCCUCUAUUUUCUUCUUAUCAUCGUAGCAGCUAUUACUUCCUUCAAGAUCCACCAAGAUAAGUCCACAUUCACUGGAAAAUCUAUACUAUAUUUGAAUAGGCAUCAGACAGAAGAAUGGAAGGGUUGGAUGCAGGUGCUAUUCUUGAUGUACCACUACUUCAAUGCUAAAGAGAUCUACAAUGCGAUUCGUGUGUUCAUUGCUGCAUAUGUCUGGAUGACUGGGUUUGGUAACUUCUCCUAUUAUUAUGUGCGGAAGGAUUUCAGUCUGGGACGAUUUGCUCAGAUGAUGUGGCGCCUCAAUUUCUUUGUGGCAUUCUGUUGCAUUGUCCUGAAUAAUGAUUACACACUAUAUUAUAUUUGCCCUAUGCACACUCUUUUCACCCUCAUGGUGUAUGGUGCUCUUGGAAUACUAAACAAGUACAAUGAGAUUAGAUCAGUGAUUGCUAUAAAAUUUGUUGGGUGCUUCUUGGUAGUUAUCUUGGUAUGGGAAAUCCCAGGUGUCUUUGAGAUAGUCUGGAGCCCAUUCACUUUUCUUCUAGGUUAUGAUGAUCCUUCUAAACCAGAUCUCCCUAGGUUGCAUGAGUGGCACUUCCGAUCUGGACUGGAUCGCUACAUAUGGAUUGUGGGGAUGAUAUAUGCCUAUUACCAUCCAACAGUUGAGAAGUGGAUGGAAAAGCUUGAAGAAGCUGAAACAAGAACGAAGCUCUAUAUUAAGGCCUCUAUAGUUACAGUUUCUAUAACGGCUGGGUAUUUGUGGUACGAGUACAUCUACAAGAUGGACAAGAUUACCUACAAUAAAUACCAUCCUUACACAUCCUGGAUCCCCAUAACUGUUUACAUCUGCCUGCGCAACUUCACUCAAGAAUUCCGGGCGUGCUCUCUCACGCUAUUUGCCUGGCUUGGAAAGAUUACACUAGAAACAUAUAUAUCUCAGUUCCAUAUCUGGCUCAGAUCAAAGGUGCCCAAUGGGCAACCCAAGUGGCUGUUGACGAUAAUCCCAGAUUACCCACUGCUUAACUUCAUGCUCACGACUGCGCUAUAUGUUGCGGUUUCCCAUAGGCUCUUCGAACUCACUAAUACUUUGAAGAUAGCAUUUGUACCUCGUGACAACAAGCACCUCUCGUACAAUUUUGUUGCAGGGAUUGCCAUUUCAGUUGCACUCUACUCUGUAUCAUUUGCCUUAGUUGGCAUAGCAGGAUACUAGCAAAUUUAGCCAUUAGCUGUUAGUUCUAGUUAUAGUCUAGGCUAUCAACAAAGCUAGUUUUGAUCGUCGGUGAGAUAAAAGUCAAUGGGCGAAGCAUGAUUGACAGCGCAUAAACUGCUUCUCUUUCACCCUUGGCCUUGAGUCGGCGUGCACAAGUUUUAGUCUUGAAUAGUGUAAAAUGUACAAUUUGCCACUAUCAUAUCCUUGACAUUGUUGGUUGUGAAUGUAAUUCUUGAGGUUGAGUAAUACAAGAAUUUAUUUUAAAAAAGUAUUGCUUGUAUAGAUGUUGAAAUGCAUACCGGAGUGUAACAGCCUGAGACCGACGCUUCAGAAGAUUCCCUUUUUAUUCCAAUUGUCGUCCUGUGAUUAUUUUUUUU